AUGGCGCAGGAACUAGCGACCAAGCCUGUGCCCGGCCAUGCGUUGGCUAAGAACUUUGGGGUUGAGUAUGUGAUCUUGUACUCCUUCGAGGACAAGGAUGCCAGUAAGCACCUCCAGAGACUGCUUCGGUCGUUGUACAAUGUUGGCCUGGACGCUGCGGUUCGCCCUGCCAAGGACCGCUGUCUUGUCGUCCUCGUCCGGCCACGGGAGAAUAAGCUAAAGCUCAUGGCACAUAGGUCUAGGGUGAAGGAUUGGCUGUAUGGAGUGCGCACGUCACAGCCCACCAUAGAUACCCCCGAUACACAAGGUGUGCCGUGGACGGAAGCAGAGCGUCUCCGCACGAUCUAUGACAUGAUCACUCUCCCCCGUGCCGAUGGCGGAGCAGAUAUCACCCCCGGAAACGGCGAGUGGAAGCACGUCAAGUCGAUAUUCCCGCUCCACGACCACGAUGUGAACCACCAGUGGAUCAAGACCUGGAGCAGAAAGACGAUCCUGGACAGUAGCGACCUCGAGCAGAUCCGCGUUAAGUUGGGCGAGAAGGUCGCCUUCUAUUUCACUUUCUUGCAAAUGUAUUUCCGUUUUCUGAUGGUUCCUGCGGCGUUGGGCCUGUUUUGCUGGGUGUUUCUGGGCCAUUUCUCUAUAUUCUAUGCUGUGCUGAACUCGCUCUUCUGUCUCGUCUUUGUCGAAUUUUGGAAACGACAGGAGAUUGACCUUCGGUUGAGAUGGCAGGUUAAGGGGGUCUCUGAAAUCAAAGCCAAGAGGAAGGAGUAUAAGCACGAUCAGGAGAUCAUUGAUCCGAUCACGGGCGAGACCGUGUAUUUGUUCCCUGCCAGCAAACGUCUGGUGAGACAAUUGCUGUUGAUCCCAUUUACGAUGGCCGUGGUGCUUGCACUGGGCACUCUGAUUGCCACAUGCUUUGCAAUUGAGGUCUUCAUCAACGAGAUCUAUUCGGGCCCCUUUAGAGCAUAUCUGGCAUUUGUACCUACGAUCAUCCUGUCGUUGUGUGUGCCGACAAUCAGCGGCGUGCUCACCAAGGUUGCAACUCAUCUCACCGAGUAUGAAAACUACGAGACGCAAGACAGCCACGACAUGGCGUUGACGCAGAAAGUGUUCGUUCUCAACUUUGUCACGUCGUACUUGCCCAUCCUUUUGACGGCGUUUGUCUACGUGCCCUUUGCCCCCACCAUUGUGCCGUACCUUGAUGUCUUCCACCUUGCCGUCCAGCCGUUCCAGCCUGAUGAAAAGGCUGCUGGUGCUGCUGCUACCUCGGCGCCCGUCGAGGUCAAGGAGUUCCGCAUCAACCAGGACCGCCUCCGCAAGCAGGUCAUAUAUUUCACCGUGACGGCGCAGGUUGUGAACUUUAUGCUAGAAACCGUGGUCCCGUAUGUCAAGCGCAAGUUCUUCCGCAAGUACCAGGAAAUGUCAGAAGGAAGAAAGACCAAGGACGAGUCUACGCCCAAUCUCAGGGCAGCCCACGCCCUGCUGGAAGACGUGCCAGAGGAAGCAGAGUUUCUGAAACGCGUACGCAACGAGUCUGAGCUGGCCGACUACAACGUCACCGACGACCUGCGCGAGAUGUGCGUGCAGUUUGGCUACCUGGCGCUCUUCUCGCCGGUCUGGUCGCUAGUCCCCGUCUCGUUCCUGAUCAACAACUGGAUCGAGCUGCGGUCGGACUUUGUCAAGAUCUGCAUCGAACAUAAACGGCCGACGCCGUUCCGUGCAGACUCGAUCGGCCCCUGGCUGGACUCGCUCGGCUUUCUCGCGUGGCUGGGCAGUCUCACCAGCGCGGCACUGGUAUACAUGUUCUCGUCGAUAGGCAGCAAGGCCAGCUCCGCGAACUCCUUCAGCGACGUCCAGGGCUGGCUGCUGCUGCUGACCAUCUUCUUCUCCGAGCACAUCUACCUGCUGGCCCGCAUCGCCGUGCAGGUCGCGCUGUCGAAGCUUGAGACCCCCGACACCCGCCGUGACCGUGCAGAGCGGUAUCUGAUGCGAAAGGCCCACCUGGACCAUGCUGGCGGAGCCGAGAUCGUGAGCAGCCACAGCCGGCUGGGAGAGGAGAUGCUGGCGCAUGUGCACGCCAAAGACGGCGACGCAGACGAGGAGGAGGCGGACGUCUACGAGGAAGAGGACGUCGAGCAGAUCACGCUGGCGUCGCUGGAGGAGGACGCCCGGAAGUUCAGCAUGCCGGACGCCACCCCGUCCGAGGUCUUCUGGGCGCGGCAGCGAGGGUGGAAGGAGUCUGCACGUAUUGGGGCCGCGAUUAUUCAGGCUGAUGCAGACUGUCGCCCGUCGCCUGACAAGAAGACCCAGUAG